UCGGGAUUUAUCCUCUUCUACUGUAAAUCUGUUACGUAACACGUUUAAUCUGGAGGCUGUAUCACCGCAGCGUAUCGCGAGGUUUCUGCUGUAGUGGAUGAAGGAGCAGUGAAGCCAGCAGCGGCGGAGGGAGAGAGAGAGGGGCGCAGAGAGAGGGAGGAGUGGCGGGAAGUGACACAGGAACUGUUUGAUGUAAAAUGGGGGACGAUCGACCUUUUGUGUGCUCAGCCCCAGGAUGUGGACAGCGGUUUACCAAUGAAGAUCAUCUGGCUGUGCAUAAACAUAAGCAUGAGAUGACCCUGAAGUUUGGACAGACUAGAACUGACACUGUUAUUAUUGCAGAUCAGACACCCACUCCCACCCGCUUUUUGAAGAACUGUGAGGAGGUGGGUUUGUUCAGUGAGCUAGAUGGCUCCUUUGAACAGGAGCUUCGCAAAACACAGGAGGAUGAGGAGAGGAGAGCCAAGACUACGCUUUCUGCUUUGCAAAUUCCAUCUGAAAUGGAGAGAGAAGGACCUCUGGAGAUUGACUCCUCACCUCCUGACAGCCCUUCAUCUGCUUCUAGCAUGACGGACAGCAAAGACUCAGUGACUCUGACGAAGGAGCCUAUUGCCUUGAGGAAGAGCAAGGAUAUGCCUCCAAGGACCACAGCAAGCUCUGCACCUACACCCACAAUAGUACGACCAGGGUCCCUCCCUCUUCACCUAGGAUACGACUCCAUGAACCCCACUCAACCCUCGCCUACUUCUGUCAUCACAAGGACCCCUCCCUCCAACAGACUCAGUUCUCCCUCUGGUUCCUUUCCUAUGAUGAUGCAGCUUCCAAAUGGUCAGACUGUUCCCCUGCUUCCCAGCCCUGGACAAACAUCAGUCAUAUCUUUGGCCCGGUCAUCCAAUACGGUGCCCAACAUCCCUGGCAUUCCUGGCCCUCCUAUUGGUGGAAGCAGCAGUGGUUCCUCCUCUCCAUCUGGAUACAGUUCUCAUAAUGAUGCCAAGAUGAGGCUGAAGGCAGCACUAUCACCACAGAGUGUUAGUGGACCAACACCGACCCAGAAAACCGAACCCAAUGAGACACCUUCACCAGCUCAACCACAGGUGUCUCCGGCUCCGCCUAGAGGUGGACGCAGGCGCCGGGGGCAGGAGACAGAACCUGACGAGCGCAGACGGCGCUUCCUGGAAAGGAACAGAGCCGCUGCCUAUCGUUGCCGGCAGAAGCGAAAAGUGUGGGUCAGUGCUCUAGAGAAGCGUGCAGAGGAGCUUGCCACAACUAAUGUCACACUCACGAAUGAAGUGUCUCUAUUGAGGACUGAGGUGACACGUUUGAAAGAAUUGCUGCUGGCUCAUAAGGACUGCCCUGUUACUGCCAUGCAGAAAAAAGCCUACCUAGCCGCAGGUGUUGAUGAGAGUGCAGUGUCAGCGAUGGUGUUGCCGGUCUCGGUUCCAGCUCCAGUAUCUGUAAACGGAUUGAGCAUGAGAGCAGCAGAGGCCGUGGCCGUUUUGGCUGGAAUGGGCUCUGGCCAGUGGAGCAGUCCAGCUGGAGACGUGCCGUCCCACUCACAGCCUACCUCCAGAUGAUGACCAUGUGCUUCAGCCUGUAAGGACAGGGCAUCUGUCUUGAGGAAGUAGGCCUGUGAAGGAAGUCCAUUGUCAGAUCUCUUCCCUCGGGAACUGUUAGUCAGAGUGUGUUUGUAAAUGCCCUUCGUAUGUGGCAAAUGGGAACAAUCGCUAUGACCUGACCACACCCAGUUUCUCACCUUCAGCGUAUCACAGUCUCUCCUGUUACUUUGGGCUACUGUAGCUAGAGAUUGCAGCUUUUUUUUCAUUGGACUAAGUGGCCUGAGUGUGUGACCUGUCGCAGGAUGUCGCUGGCAGACUAUACAGACUAGGACGCACUGCAGUAAAAGCUUGUAAAGACUCGCUAUGUUAUCUCACACCCAUGUACACACAUUUAGAGUCCUUCAGCACGCUUAUGCACUGUUGUGCUCACUUGAUAUUUUGUUGUUUGCAGGUGUUGCUCAUUUUACAUUUUUAAUCGACUCUAAAAUAUUUUUUUCUAAAUAUUUGACUGCAUGAUUCAAACCACAUAAGAUAGAUGAGUACCACAUUAUGCAGACACAUUUAGCAUUCUGUUGUUCUCUUUCUAAUGCUUUCACAUUUUUUUCUCUCCGUGUCUUGGUAAACCUAAAAUCAUUUCUCUCAGGUCUCUCCUGCUGUGUGGCUGUGGUAGUCAACGUGGAAAUUCUCUUGCCUCUUGUUAGAAUAACUGAAAGCCACAGAAUAGACUUGUCUGGAGAUGAAGAGCAAUAUAUUUUUAUAUUUGAAUGUCAUUAUCAGUCUGCAUUUUGCGGUCUAUGUAUGAGAUGUACGGGUAGCUUAACGACAAACAAGUGUGUGAUUGCUUUUAUCUUUAAGGAAAUAAUCUGCUCAGUUGAAUCACAUUUUUUUCCUUCAAGUAAGAAGCCAAAAAUCCUUUACAUUAGAGGUUGUACCCAAAAGUUUCAGGUUGUCAGGUUUCAAACGUGGGAACACAAACAUGCACCAACAUGACCCCACUUCUUGCAGUUCAUAGAUUGUGCGCAUGUGUAUCAUUGAUAUGUAUUGUACAUAUGUAUGAAUGUGAGAUCUUAAAAAUGGUGGAUAGUUUUAUCAUUCUGUAGCACAUUUCUCAUUAAGGGGUCUAUCAGUCAGAAUGCCUAUUACACCAGAAUUUGAUCUAUAACAAAUGGAAAAGGCUGUAAAGUCCUCCCAUUGAAACUUGGUCAUUGAAUGUUUUGUAUAUGGCUCGUUUAGUGACUGAAAAACCCACACUUGAACACAGUGUCAAACCACCCCCUCCUUUCAGUCCUAUUUUAAUGAUAUCAUCGAACAACUGCUAAUUAUUGUAUCAACAUUAUGUUCACUGCCUUGGUAUAAUUCCAGCCUGAAUGCUAUGUUUUGUUCAGGUUUAUCUUUACUUCCCUGUUUUUGAUUUGUUUUGUUUUUUUUUGGUUUUCUUUUUGUGACUUGUUUACUGUUUAUGGAUUAUUUUUCCUCAGCAGUCAUAUCAGUCCCUGUGAGGCCUACCCGUUCUUGUCUGGUGGUGUGCUUUCUCACCUGCAGCAGUACAUUGUGAAAGAGGAGCUUUUCUCAGUGUGUAUCACUAACUGAUCCAAAAGUGUGCAACUCGUCAGACAAACCCUUUAACUAGAGCUGUAAAUAUCACUAAAUAUGAAAUGCGCAUAUAUGUCCAAGCAUUGCUGUCUGUACAAUAUUAACUAAAUGAGAUGGCCCUGAAGAUAUAUUGUAAUAAUUAAACAUUAAUGGAAUUCAAAUGUGUGGUAAAUUGAGAUGCAUGUCAUUGACAUUUAAGGACUGUUGUUUGAUCAUUGGUGAACUUAAGACGUGCAGUCACUAGCAUUUUUCAGUUAUGCUCAAUGAAAUAAAAAUGUUUUGAAUCAG